CUUGUUGUCUUGGGACUCUUGGCAGAAGUUCAAGGAGCAGCACCAGCAGCAGGCGGCCAAAGGAGAAGGCGCCCAGCGCGCAGGCGCUUGGAGGCACUGUCGAAGAAUCGAGUCACUGGAGCAGAGCGCACAGGCGGCGGCGGCUGCUGCUGGAGUCCCCGCCCCAGUGCGAGCGCCCGGGCUGCAGUAGUGAGCGAGCGAGAGGGACAGGCGGAGCGAGCCGCGCGUUGGAGUAGGCAGCCGAGUGUGCAGCGACGGGGCUAUGCGCUUUCCCGCGUCCCAGUGACUCCAGCCGGGAGGCGUCCGCGCCCGGGAGCCGCUUGUUUGCAGGGGGCGGGCAAUCGGCUGAAGAUCCUGCGGCAGCUGCAAAGCCGGAGCCUGCCCGUUUGGUCUCCGGUUGCUGGAGGAGGAGGAGGAGGAGGAGGAGGACGCGCGGGGGGCGCUCGCUGCCCCUGGGCUGGGACAUGUCGUCCGCGGCGGUGGCGGCUGCUUCCCGCAGGCAGUCGUGCUACCUGUGCGACCUGCCCCGCAUGCCCUGGGCCAUGAUCUGGGACUUCACCGAGCCCGUCUGCCGGGGCUGCGUCAACUACGAGGGGGCCGACCGGGUGGAGUUCGUCAUCGACACGGCGCGGCAGCUCAAGCGGGCUCACAGCUUCCAGGAGGGCCGGGCCCCGCCGCCACCCCACGCCAAGCAGCCGCCGCUCAGCGCCAAGGAGAUCCUGGUGCAGCAGCAGCAGCAGCAGCUGAACCACACGGCCGUGGCGGGCGACGCGGUGCCCCGGCCCCCGCCGCAGCCGCUGGAGCGCUACCCGCUGGCGGCCGCCGCCGCCUCCUCCGAGCGGCAGCCGCCCCGCCUGGGAGCCGAGUACGGGGGCAGCCGGCAGGUGAACGGGAUCCUGGUGCCCAACGGCUUCCCCAAGCCCGAGGAGCCGCCCGAGCUGAACCGGCAGAGCCCGAACCCCCGGCGGACACACACGGUGCCGCCCACCCUGGUGCCGCUGAUGAACGGAGCUUCCCUGUCCGCGCCCAUCAGCAUCAGCAGCCGGGCCGCCGCCGCCGCCUCGCUGGCCGCCAUCUCAGGGGCGCCCGCCCCCCUGCAGGUCUCCGUCUCCCAGCAGCAGCAGCCGCCGCCGCCGGCACCCGGGGAGCUGGGGCACAAGCGGCCCGGCUCGGUGUCCUCCAGCAGCAGCAGCAGCGGCGCGGGCGAGCACGAGAGCAAGGAGAAGCAGCCGCGGGGCUCGGCGGAGGAGCUGGGGGUCGAGGGCAAGGGCCGCGGGGGAGCGGAGCAGGAGUGGCUGGGCAAGCCCAAAACGGUGCGGGACACGCUGCUGGCGCUGCACCAGCACGGCGGCCACGCGGUGCCCUUCGAGAGCAAGUUCAAGAAGGAGCCCGGCAUGGCGGGGAGCAGGCUGCUGGGGUACGAGAGCAACGGGGCCGUGGCCAAAGCAGGGGCUCGGGCAGCGAGGAAGAGGAAGCCUUCCCCAGAACCAGAAGGUGAAGCUGGACCUCCUAAGAUCAAUGGAGAGUCACAACCCUGGUUGCCAACCUCAUCAGAGGGGAUGAAAAUGUCCAUGACUGCUACGUCUUUCAUGUCCCCACCACCACCAACUGCCUCGCCUCAUUCCAACCGGACCACACCGCCUGAAGCAGCCCAGAAUGGCCAGUCUCCUAUGGCUGCGCUCAUUUUAGUCGCAGACAAUGCAGGGGGCAACCACUCCUCCAAAGAUGCCAACCAAGUUCACUCCACCACCAGGAGGAAUAGCAACAGCCCGCCCUCUCCGUCCUCUAUGAACCAAAGAAGGCUGGGUCCAAGCAGGGAGGUGCCAAGUCAGGGGACAAACACUGCUGGGGGAUUGGAGCCGGUGCAUCCUGCCAGCCUCCCGGACUCGUCUCUAGCAGCCAGUGUUCCCUUGUGCUGCACCCUGUGCCACGAGCGCCUGGAAGACACCCAUUUUGUUCAGUGUCCCUCAGUCCCUUCCCACAAGUUCUGCUUCCCUUGCUCCAGACAAAGCAUCAAACAGCAAGGAGCUAGUGGCGAGGUGUAUUGUCCCAGUGGGGAGAAAUGCCCUCUGGUGGGCUCCAAUGUCCCUUGGGCUUUCAUGCAGGGGGAGAUUGCAACCAUUCUUGCAGGAGAUGUGAAAGUGAAAAAAGAGAGAGACUCGUGACUUUUUCCAGUUCACAACCCAACAUUACCUGUAACUAAAACUGCUUGAAUUGUGUAUAUAUCUAUAAAUAUAUAUAUAUAUAUCUCUCCAAGACAAGGGAAAUGUAGACUUCAUAAAACAUGGUUGUAUAAUUUUGAUUUUUUGAAUACAUUGUGUUUCUAUAUUUUUUUGAAGACAAAAGGUAUGUACUUAAAGGCAUUUCCUCUUUUUGUUAUAGCAACUAUUUGUUGUGCUUCCUUGGUGACAGUUACUGUUCAAUGUAGGCUGUGACUUGCGCUGCUUUUUUUAGAGAGCACUUGGCAAACCAGAAAUGCUUCUAGCUGUAUUUGUAUGCACUUGUUUCUUUUUAAAAUGCCAAAUACAUUUUCUGACAUUGUAAAGAUCGCCUUACUGUCUGUGAUUCCUUAUUCUUGGGCCUUGCUCAGAGUAAAGCUGGAUGCGUGCAGAUUUGAUAUAAAAUGGUAGUGGGGAAAAAAGACUGAUAGGGUGAAAUGGGAUGUCACCAUUACAGCCGAAAGGCAGGUGAAUAUUAGAAAGCACAAGUGGUUUCUUUCUGAAACAUUGUUCUCUUGUUGCAAAAGCAAAUUUUUUUAGACUGAGUUCAAUUCCACUCUGUUUCUAGAAGGAAGUUGCCUUCAUAGUAGGAUGUUGAGAGAUGUUUGAGAGGCGGUGCUGAGUUAGGGGUUUCUGGGUUGUUUGCCUUUUUUUUCCUAAAAGGCCAAGUUGACCACAGUUCACGUGAUUGGUUGUAAGAUUACAGAACUGCAUUUAUUCAUUGAUUACAUAAUGUUAAUGCAGAAUUUUGGUAAUAAACUUAAUUACUGUAUUGGUGUAUACACCAGUAUAGCACUGCCAUCUUUAAAGAUCCAUAGCUGUUUUAGUGCCACUCACAUACUAUUUAUGCUUGGGGAAAACUAAAGUUGAGGGGUUGUUUUUUUUUGUUUGUUUUUUUUUCAAUUUGCACAUAGUGCAGGUGGACUUUGAGUUUGCUUAUCAGUUACUUAUAGUACUAUUGGUAUUGUUAACUAUCUCUUACACCAUAUUUCCAGGUAGUGGCAGGUACAAGAUGGUACAAUGACAGAAGCAACUAAGGCGCUGCCAGGAUUGCCUUCGGGCAUUUCAGUGCCAGCCCAAAUGUGGGUGGAAGAAACCUAUAAUCUCUGUUGUGUGUUUUUUAAAACAAACCUAAUACUACUUUUCUGAAAAUUUAAAAAAUAAACUGAUGGAAUGAAAGCAAUUAGGGUUUCACAAAAGGGGCAUGCCCCGCCUUUUUAACUACUUUGGAGUAUUCUUUGUAAAGUCAUUUCUUUUGAUCUAGCUUCUGCAUCAAUCAGCAAGCAGACAUUUUUUAUCAAUAAAUCAUUACUAGAAAUG